GUUGAGCUCUGUCUCAGCCUUCCAGUGGAGGCCCAGGGGCUGGCUGGGUAGCCCUAGUCUAACAGGAUGGUCAGGAAAACAGCCCACACAUGGCCUUCCAUGGCCCAGCCCGAGCCUCAGACACCAAACAAUGGAUCACAUUUAGGCUGCAGGGAGUCAUGGAGAAAACAGGAAGAAUGGCCUGGCUAUCACUUAAUCUCUCAGGGCCUCAGUUUCCCUUGGUAUAAAAUGAAAGUAUCGGAGAGUUCAGAGGUUCCUUACAGUUGCUCUGGUCCUGGCUCACAGCUCUGUGGCAUGGGGUAGAGGGCCAGGGCGAGGGAUGGAGGCAGCACCCAGCUGGGGCCCUGACCCUGCUGUCUUUCCCCAGAUAACCUUUUAUGAGGACCGCCAUUUCCAGGGCCGCUGCUAUGAAUGUAGCGGUGACUGUGCCGACCUACAGGCUUACUUCAGCCGCUGCAACUCAGUGCGUGUGGACAGUGGCUCCUGGGUCCUGUAUGAGCAGCCCAGCUAUAAAGGCUGCCAGUACUUCCUGAGGCGUGGCGAGUACUCAGACUAUCGCCAGUGGAUGGGCACAAGCGACUCCAUCCGCUCCUGCCGUCUGGUGCCCAGGCAUGAAGGCUCCUACCGCAUGCGGAUCUAUGAGAGGGAGAACUGUGCGGGGCAGAUGAUGGAGUUCACUGAGGACUGUCCCUCCAUCCAUGACCACUUCCACCAGAGGGACGUCCUGUCUUGUAACGUCCUGGAUGGGUACUGGGUCCUCUACGAGCAGCCCAACUACCAGGGCCGCCAGUACUUCCUGCGGCCUGGAGAGUACCGGCGGCACAGCGAAUGGGGCGCUGGUGCUGCAGUGCUGGGCUCCUUCCGGAGGGCCGUGGACAGCCCUUAGGUGCCAGCCUGAGGCCUGCUCAGCUUGAC